AUGUCCAGCACUGCUGGCCCAGAGCCGACAAACACGGCCGGCCCUGGUUCCGCCCAGCGAAAAGAAAACCAGAGCAUUGAGAAUUUCGCCGCCUCCCUCUCGACCGCCGCUGUCAUUUUCGGCGUGCAGAUUGCCUUUUUCCUGAUUCUGAGCGGCAACUGGAAACUGCAUAAGAGAAGAUCCAAGAAACUUGCGGAGGACAUGAACAAGGACGGAGUAUCGCGACAGAGCCUCUUCCACAAGAUCUACUACUACAAGACUGCCUUCGUCCCUGUCGCAAAACGCAUCGCCGCCCCAGUAACCGCAAUCGAGUCUUUCAAGAAUGUCUUUACGAUUAGCGAUUCCGAGCUCAUUCGCAUCGCUGGUGUUGAUGGCUAUCUCUUUCUCCAAUACCUCCAACUUUUGCUGCGCAUAUUUAUCCCAAUGGCUCUUGUUAUCCUCCCAAUUCUCUUGCCUCUAAACCGACUUGGCGAUGUACCCGACGUAGCUGGCUUGGAUUCGUUUGCCUGGCCAAAUGUUGGCGUACCAGGAAAACACGGCCGAUUGGUGGUGCAUUUGGUUCUCGCCGUCUGCGUUAUCUGCUGGGUCUGUUUCAACUUCUACCUGGCGCUCAGACAGUUUGUUCGCCUGAGACAGACUGUUCUCACCCGACCAGAUCAUCGUAUUCGGGCUUCUGCUACCACGAUUCUGGUCCAAAGCAUUCCUAAAAAGUGGCUCACUGUUGCUGCUCUCGAUGCACUUUACGACGUAUUCCCAGGCGGUAUCAAAGAUAUCUGGAUCAAUCGCGAUUAUGACGCCUUGAUGGAAAAGGUGGACGAGCGGAUCAAAGUCGCGCGAGCCCUCGAAGCCGCCGAGACGAACCUCAUCAUCGAAUGCACCAAGAAACAUAAGAAGAUGCAAGAAAAGGCAGCAAAACAAGCAGGCGAGAAAAAGUCUAAAAAGGAGAAAAAGGAGGAAGAAGCCAUGCGGAACCUUGCUAUCAACCAGGAGACGCAUGACCACGGUGUCGAUGCUGGUAACCCGCACGAAAUCGAGCAACAGCUUCAGAGUGUUCUUGCCGAGCCCGGUUCCUCAUCAUCUUCGUCGUCUUCAUCCAGGUCCUCUUCUCCAAGUCGCAAGCGCGGUAUAAUUCCUAUUCCUUUGUUUGGCGAAGGCAUACAUGCAGUUGGUGAAGGAUUUCGUGGGGUAGACCGAUUUAACAAAAAGAUGUACGGCAAUAUGCGAGGCGUCUUUGGUUCGAAACGUCAUCGCAGCAAAGCCCCAAAUUCUGAGCAAGAGCAAGCUGCUGUUGAUGGGCCCAACGACAUUGCCCAAACUUCACCAACUUCGGCCGAGUAUAAUCUGAGAGGCGCAAGCAGCGACACUCAAACUCCCCUAGCAAACAAAGAAAACUACUUCUCUGACGACCAUGCCUCUGAUGUGGACUCUCCGGCCCAGGAUCUCAAAGCACCUGCGGUCGAGGCCGAGGAAGACGAGAAACCCCCUGCCAAGGUCGGAUGGAGCCAGCCUAUCAAGAAACUCAAAUCUAUAUACGUUGGCCAAGGCGACUUCAUAAGUCCUAAGCCAUUCAAGAACAAUGAAGCGCCACCAAUGGAAGUCAAAGAUGCCAGCAAGAUCAAAUACGAUACGACCGGAUUGUGGGAUGAGGAUUUCAAAGAGGACGACGAAGACGCUCUGUGGCGAAAGUAUGUCAAACCAAAGGACCGAGAGACGAUGCGCCUACCACUGUUCAAUUUUUCAUGGUGGCCUUCUUUACCACUGAUUGGGAAAAAGGUAGACACGAUUUACCACUGCCGCAAGGAACUUGCUCGCCUCAACGUCGAAAUCGCAGAUGAUCAGGCCCAUCCGGAACGGUUCCCCUUGAUGAACUCUGCUUUCAUUCAGUUCAACCACCAGGUUGCGGCCCAUAUGGCAUGCCAGUCUCUGAGUCACCACAUUCCCAGGCAGAUGAACCCGCGGACUGUUGAAGUCAAUCCUAACUACGUACUUUGGGAAAAUCUCACAAUGAAGUGGUGGGAGCGCUAUCUACGCUUUUUUGGCGUCGUCAUUCUCAUCGUCGGACUUGUCAUCUUCUGGGGUGUACCUGUCACAUUUACCGGAGCUUUGUCUCAGAUCGAUACCCUCACCUCGUUACUCCCAUGGCUCGGCUUCAUUAAUCGUCUUCCCGACUGGGUAGUCAGCUUCGUACAGGGUGUGUUGCCACCUGCGUUUUUGGCCAUUCUCUUCGCUGUACUGCCUCUUGUUCUACGAUUCCUAGCGGGUGUCACUGGUACAACGACAUCUGGUGAGCGCGAGUUGCUUGUUCAAAACUUCUACUUCGCCUUCGUCUUCGUCCAAUUGUUCCUCGUGGUAUCCAUUUCCACGGGUAUCACGACGGCCAUUGACGACCUCGUUAAUGACCCUCUCAGUGUUCCGCAAACACUAGCCAAGAGUCUACCCAAAGCCGCCAAUUACUUCUUCUCUUACAUGAUUCUACAAGCACUCAGUAUUAGUUCUGGUACUCUGCUGCAGAUUGGCGCCGUCGUUGUCAUCAUCUUCCUCCGCUUCAUGGACACGACGCCUCGACAGAAGGUUUCAAGAGUGUUGCAAAGACCUGGAAUUAACUGGGGUACUAUGAUACCCGUCUACACCAAUUUUGGUGCAAUUGGUCUUAUCUACUCUGUCGUGGCACCCCUGAUCCUUAUUAUGAUGUUGAUCACCUUCUGCCUCUUCUGGUUCACGUACCGCUACCAGAUGAUCUAUGUUAGUUACGCUAAAGCCGAAACCAACGGUCUCAUCUUCCCCAAGGCCGUCAACCAGCUAUUUACUGGGCUUUACUUCUUGGAACUUUGUCUCGUUGGUUUAUUCUUCCUGCAAGAAGACGAAGCUGGCAGACAGUCCUGUUUCCCUCACGCCAUUGUCAUGAUUAUCAUGCUCAUCCUCACUGCCCUUUUCCAGAUGGUGCUUAACAGAGCGUUUGGACCACUGUUCACAUAUCUUCCUAUUACGUUCGAAGACGAGGCGGUACAGAGAGAUGAAGAGUGGCAGCGAGCCCAAGCCAGUCGAUGGAAGCAAGCGGAAGAGCACACGGCUCUCACCGCUCAAGAAGACACUCAGUCGACUUCCGGAGAACACGAAGAAACCCGUCUUGGAGAGGGAAAACGUCGCGAGUCCCAUGGCCAGGAGGCCUAUGAGUUGGACAAUCUGGACAACGACAUGUCGGGUGCAAUCGGUCGAUCGCCAAACCCAAGUGGUGGCCGUGAUCCAAGCCGGACCGGUCGUUCCCGCCGCAGUUCCAACUCGCGCUCACAGUCGCGACACGCCCGUUUGCAGCGUAAGCAGAAGGAAAAACACGACCCAUUCGAUGUGAUUACCAAUACACUUAAGAAGGGUCUCGACGACGUCGCCAAACCCAUGCGCGAUGCCGAAGCACAAGUUCUUCCUGCUGGUAACCUGUUUGACGAGGUUGAUGAUGAACUUGCAGACAUUGAACCCGAAGCUCGUCAGAAGCUGAUUAAGCGAUCUUUCCAACAUCCCGCUACGCGUGCUAUCCAACCUGCAGUCUGGAUCCCACAUGACGAGCUUGGUAUUGCUAAGGACGAGAUCGAGCGUACAAGUGCUUUCACAAAGAGAAUAUGGAUCACUAGUGUGAAUGCGCGAUUGGAUGCCAGUGGCAAUGUCAUCUACAAAGGCUUACCCCCUGAUCGAGACCCUUUUGAGAAUAUUGAGGUCUAA